AUGAACCCUCUGCAGGCUUUCCAAGAUGUUGUCAACCUUACCACUGGGGUCUUUGAUGAAGUCGCCAAAUUCUCCGCCAACGUUGUCAGAGACGGCGGUCGCAUGACCGCCGAGGUCAUUCGAGGAACCGGGGAGCUGCCCGCGACGGCCAUACAGGAAACUACUGAUUUUGCAGCCGGCAGUAUGACGGUAAUAGCUGCUGUCGGCGCUGAAAUUGGACAAAUUGUUGGACUCCCCAGACAGUUCAUAGAGCAACCCGUUGGUUCUGCCGCCGCGGUUGUGAGAAACGGUGGUGGUGGGGCCGCCGACACCAUCCGAAUGGUUACUAACCUCCCAGCGACGGCCAUACAGGAAAGCGCCGGCCUUACAGCCCAUGUCAUGACUAGAACCGCUAGUGCUGCUACCGGAAUCUGUCGAAGGUUGGCUGGGCUGCCUAUCCAAGUCCCACGGAAUAUUAGGCAGAAGAUCCUCGACUUCGUAAGAACCAUUUCUCAGGAAAUCGCCAGUACCUUUGUCAAUACGAUUUACCACACAAUGAUCGACAUAUUAAGAAGGGUUCCUAUUAGAGACCUUUCGCACCUUAUUGCCCAAACGGUCAUUGAUCCGCUUACUUUGGUAUUCUUCUUUGCGCUGAAGCUUCUAGCCUUGAGGAACGAGGUUGGCUAUGGAAAUUGCCAGCUUGCCAUUUGCCAGGGCAGCAUUGAAAACGGAAACGGAAAGGACUACUACUACUACUACUCCUCCUCCUCCUCCUCCUCCUCUCGGAAGAGGGUGGAUCGAGGGGUGAAAACAGGUAUCUCUAUCUAUGCUGAUCCUGCUCGCCAGUUGAAGAACCUACCUCCAAUUAUCCCCUUCAAGGACACCCAAGGGAAGAGUCUUCCUCUACUCUCACAAUAUCGUUCAGGCACAAAGGAACACUUCGAUCCAUUUCGAGAAUGCUUAAGAUCACUGGCUUUUCCAGAAAUAGACAGUCGGUUCAACGAUAUCGAGACUGCCGCGACGGGAACAUGCGAGUGGCUACUUCGACACAAAACGUACACGAGCUGGGCCUCUUGUGAUCGAGGCUUGCUUUGGAUCAAAGGGAAGCCCGGCUCCGGGAAGUCGACGUUGCUGUGGAACGUUCUGAACGAUGUCACGCCAAGACUCAAAAGCGGAGAGGGAGCCUUGAUUCUCAAAUUCUUCUUCCACGGUCGCGGUACGGAACUCCAAAGGACGCCGUUAGGCCUCUUCCAGUCACUCCUUUACCAGCUUAGCCAGGUCCCUGACGCGCUGUCAGAACUCGUGGCCCUGCCAGAGGGUCGUAAACGGCGCUUCAGCCGUCAUCGGGGUCUCGUAGCUGCCAUGGUCAUUGAGGAUUUGAUGAAAGACAGGGCGAGAGAUACCAUGGAUCAGCGAGCAUUCGAAUGA